AUGGGUAUCAUCUCUUGGCUGAUCACGCAUCUUGCACCCAUCUUUCUUGUUACCUCGCCUGUUACCAGUUAUGCCGAUCAAAUUUAUUCGAUUCAUCGUACGAGGUCCUCGGCCGGUUUUUCUCUCGACAUACCCCUCAUUAUGUUGGUAGCAUCAAUUUUGAAACUUUUUUACUGGCUUGGAGCACGCUUUGAUUUAUCUCUUCUCUUGCAAGCUGGUUUGAUGGUUAUUGUCCAACUCGUCCUUUUACGAGUUGCCCUGCAAAACCGUCCACUUGCCAGUGCUGCCAACAACAUCCAUCAGCCCUUUGCAGCAUCGAGAGAAGGUGAUACUCAUAUCAAGCGUCCUUUCGAAUUUUGGCAAUGGAAGCAAGCAAAGCCAUACUGGAUGUUCCUGGCGUACUUCAGCGCAACCUUAUUGGUUCUCCAAAUUCUGUUCGGCCGCUUGGAUUCAUACGUCGCACUUCAAGGUUACGUGGCUUUGGGGAUUGAGGCUACUUUGCCGCUUCCUCAGAUCAUGUCAAACCAGAGAAACCGCAGCUGCAAAGGCUUCCGUCUGAGCGUUCUCGCAAACUGGCUGUUGGGUGAUGCCAUGAAAAUGUCCUUCUUCUUCCUUGCUGAGAGCACUAUUCCUUGGUCGUUCAAGCUCUGUGGUAUCUUCCAGGCAUGCUGCGACUCUUAUCUUGGUGUUCAGUACCUGAUGUUCGGCGAGGGGCCUGUCGAGAGCAUUGAAGGUCUUGCAAAAGAGAUGAAGAAUUUGAGUUGA